GGCCUGUUCUAGGAAUGGUUCCGGGGCUUCUUCGCAAUGUAUUUCAUAUGUACGAGAGCAUAGACCGGGUUCUAAAACAUUAUGGUGGCACUGUCGAGGUAAAGGGCCCUUGGUUUGCUGGCAUGGACUUCAUCAUCACCAGCGAUCCCAUGAACGUCCACCACAUUCUGAGCAAAAACUUUUUCAACUACGAAAAAGGGUCUGAGAUUCGAGAGAUUUUGGAGCCUUUGGGAGAUGGGAUUAUCAACUCUGAUUCAGAUUGGUGGACGUUCCAGAGAAAGACGAUGCAUUCUAUUGUAAAAAACAGCAAUUUUGAGCUGUUUGUGGAGAAAGUUGUUCGAGGAAAGGUGGUGGACGGCUUAAUUCCGUUUCUCGAUCACAUCUCCAAGUUAGAGAUUGAGGUGGAUCUGCAAGAAGUUUUUAAGCGAUUCACAUUCGACAACAGUUGCUUAAUGGUUUUGGGGUUAGAUCCAGUUUCCCUUUCCGUCGACUUCCCAAAAUGUAAGCAUGCAAAGGCUUUCGAUGAGAUAGAAGAGGCAACCAUAUACCGACAUAUCUUGCCAAAAUGGUGUUGGAAGUUUCAGAGAUGGCUUCAACUCGGGCAAGAGAAGAAGCUGAGAAAAGCUGCUUGGGAAACCUUCGAUGGAUUCUUGUACCAAUGCAUCUCAUCAAAGCGAGAAGAACUAAGCCGAUGAAGAA